GUUACAAUUUGUGUUCAGUUAAUAUUCAAAUUUCUAUUCGGUUGAUGAAAGUCGAGAUAGAUAGUCAAUGGAAGUCUCCUGCAUGUCUGGAAAGUUUUUUUUUAAAAAUAUAUAUAUUUGAAGUAACACCUGGAUGCAGUCCCUCACGUGUGCGUUUUAUGUUUUGAGCUGUUAAGGAAUAUGCCUUACGCGUUUCUCUGUUUUUGCUUAUGGCUUUUAGACGGUGUAUCUGGAGAUUAUUCAGAUGAAAUGGUGAUCUCAGUGAUGGAGGGAGAUUCUGUCACUUUAAACACUGAUGUUACUGAAAUACAAAGAGAUGAUCUGAUACUGUGGACAUUUAUACUUCCGAAUUCAGAGAAUCGUAUUGCUGAAAUCUAUAAACAGAUUGUCUCUGUGUAUGAUAAUAAUGAGAGAUUCAGAGACAGACUAAAGAUAGAUGAGCAGACAGGAUCUCUGACUGUCACAAACAUCAACAAAUUACACUCUGGACUUUAUAAACUACAGAUAAUGAAUGGAGAUGUCAAACACAAGAGCUUCAAUCUUGCUGUCUAUGCUCUACUGACUGUUCCAGUCAUCAGUGAUUUUCCUCAAAGCCCUUCAGUAUCAGAAAGAUCAUCAGGUCAGAAUUGUUCACUGCUGUGUUCAGCUGUGAAUGUGAGUCAUGUGACUCUCUCCUGGUACAAAGGAAACAGUUUACUGUCCAGCAUCAGUGUGUCUGAUCUCUCUCUACAACUGGAGCUUGAGUGUCUGGAUGAUUCCUACAGCUGUGUUGUGUCUUAUUCAUUCACUAACCAGACUAAACAUCUCAACACCACCGAUCUCUGUCGACCAUGUCCAGUAUCUUAG